UGGUCCUUCAGUUCCUUGGCUCCUGGAGACUGUGGCUCUGGCAGCUCCAGUUGGUCCACACCAUGGCCACCUGCUGGCAGGGCCUGUGGGCCUAUCGCUCCUAUCUGAUUGUGUUGCUUCUGCCCAUCCUUCUGCUGCCUCUGCCCAUCCUCAUUCCCAGUAAGGAAGCCUACUGCGCCUACACCAUCAUUCUCAUGGCGCUCUUCUGGUGCACCGAGGCUCUGCCCCUGGCCGUCACUGCCCUCUUCCCCAUCAUCCUGUUCCCCAUGAUGGGUAUCCUGGAUGCCUCUGAGGUCUGCAUCGAGUACCUCAAGGACACUAACGUCCUGUUCAUCGGGGGGCUGUUCGUGGCCAUCGCUGUGGAGCACUGGAACCUGCACAAACGAAUUGCUCUCCGUGUGCUCCUCCUCAUCGGGGUGCGGCCAGCCCUGCUACUCCUGGGCUUCAUGCUGGUCACUGCCUUCCUGUCCAUGUGGAUCAGCAACACAGCCACCACGGCCAUGAUGGUGCCCAUUGCGCAUGCAGUCCUGGAGCAGCUGCAUGGCACACCCAAGGACAUCGAGGAGGGGAGUGACAACCCUACCUUCGAGCUCCAGGAACCAAAUUCCAAGAAGGAAGUGACCAAGCUUGAUAAUGGGCAGGCCACCCCUGUCACCGCUGCUCCUUCAAAGCCGAAAAUACAGAAAACCCAGGAACAGAUCCGCUUCACACAGUGCAUGAGCCUGUGCGUCUGCUACUCAGCCAGCAUCGGGGGCAUCGCCACACUGACUGGCACCACACCCAACCUAGUGCUGCAAGGCCAGGUCUCCUCGAUCUUCCCCGAAAACCCUAACGUGGUGAACUUUGCCUCCUGGUUCGGCUUUGCCUUCCCCACCAUGGUCAUCUUGCUGAUUCUGUCUUGGCUUUGGCUUCAGAUCCUCUUCCUGGGUUUCAACUUCCGGAAGAAUUUUGGCUUUGGAGAACAGGAAAAUGAGCGAAAGGACGCAGCCUUCCAAGUCAUCCAUAGACAGCACAAGCUGCUGGGCCCCAUGAGCUUUGCAGAAAAGGCUGUCACCAUCCUCUUUGUGGCCCUGGUGCUGCUGUGGUUCACACGAGAGCCGGGUUUCUUUGAAGGCUGGGGUAACCUAGCUUUCCCUAAUGAAAAGGGCGAAAGCAUGGCCUCCGAUGGGACAGUGGCCAUCUUCAUCAGCAUAAUUAUGUUCAUCCUGCCCUCCAAGAUCCCAGGGCUGACCCAGAACCCAGAAAAACCAGGGAGGCUGAAGGCCCCUCCCGCCCUCCUCAACUGGAAGACAGUGAACGAGAAGAUGCCCUGGAAUAUCGUGUUCUUGCUGGGUGGUGGCUUUGCCCUGGCCAAAGGCAGUGAGAAAUCCGGCCUGUCUGCGUGGCUGGGAGACAAACUGGCCCCGCUGCAGAGUGUACCACCGCCCGCUACCGCCUUCCUCCUGUGUCUCCUGGUUGCCACCUUCACUGAGUGCGCCAGCAACGUGGCCACCACCACACUCUUCCUGCCCAUCCUGGCCUCCAUGGCUCAGGCCAUCUGCCUCCACCCGCUCUAUGUCAUGCUCCCCUGCACUCUGGCGGCCUCCCUGGACUUCAUGCUGCCCGUGGCCACCCCACCCAACGCCAUCGUCUUCUCUUUCGGGGGCCUCAAAGUGUCAGAUAUGGCCCGGGCGGGAUUCCUGCUCAACAUCAUCGGAGUGCUGGUCAUCACGCUAGCCAUCAACAGCUGGGCCAUCCCCAUCUUUGACCUGCACACUUUCCCUUCCUGGGCCCACUCCAAUACCACGACUCAAUGCCUUCUCAACACCACCACGCCAGGCCCCUAGAUUGGGUUGCCGCCUAGCCAUGCCCAGGAAAAUCCCACCCCGUCCCAUUUCCUCUGAGCCAGGAGGGGACACUCCAAGUUCUAAGCCCUGGGCUGAAGACUGAGAGAAAGGCCCACGUCUACACAAUCGAGUGUGCUUGUGAAGGUGUGUGCUCAUCUCUAGUGUGUCAGAGGAAAGCGUGUGUAUCUACGCAUGCAUGUGUGUGUGUGUGCCGGUGCGUGUGAGGAUGGUGCUGUCGUGAGUGUGUCCGAGGGGGGUUUGCGUGCGUGUUUGGUGGUGCACACGUGUGUGUUCACAGAAAAUACACCCUGCCCUUCUUUGUCUCCCCAGCUUAGUGACCAGACCCCUUUGCACUGUAUUUAUUGAAACUCAGGGUUGGAGUGGCCUGGGAGCAAGGCCUGUCUCAGGGACUGCUGGUCCAGCGUUCUGAGGUCUCCCCAGGCUCCCAGGUUUGGGGAGGGUUCAAA